GCUUGGGGAUAUGUCAUCAAGUGUGUAGAGCGCUCUGGGGGAAUGGCCUCCUGCAGCAGGCCUCAGCAGAGGAAGGUUGGGUGGCUUCGGGAAUUCCCUGGCGGUCCAGUGGUUAGGACUUGUGCUUUCACUGCUGGGUCUGAGUUCAGUUCCUGGUUGGAGAACUAGGAUCCCUCAUGCCGUGCAGCAUAGCCAAAACCAAAAAAAGGCUGUUUGUGGGCCUUGGGGUUCUCACCCCAUGGAGUGGGCCUCACACAGGGCAGGGCUGGUUCCAGCAAGAUGUUCUCAGACAAGCAACGCCUGGGGAAUAGGACGACACCCCUUUGAGGGCACAAUGCAGGCACAGCUCUAGAACCUUCCAUUCUAGAAUCUGCCCCUGCUUUCCCAGAGCCUGUCCAACCCCGUGCCAGUCCAUGGGUGUGUGGCUGUGUUAGCCUCCCUUCCCAUCUCUGCUCCUGUCCCAGAGAGGCUUCAGAAACUUGGCUGCAGCCUUGAGGGCCUGCAGGCCUCAGCUGGCCUCCUGCAGUCCAUCACCCCAUCGCUCCACAGCGCAUUGCUCCGUCCGUCUACAACCCAUCACCCCAUCCCUCUAACACAAGUCAGGCCUCAGCUGAACCUCCCAGAGCCCCUCCCCACGGCCCUGCGGGGUGCUGGGUAGCCCCAGCUCUCCCACAGAGCCCUGAUUUUUAUGAAGGCUGCUGGCAGGCAGAAGCUGGACCAGAGAGCCUUUCUGGAGCAGGUGCAUGAAUGCAGGGACAAUGGCUACCUGCUGUCCUUUAAGAAGAUUGGCUCUGGGGCCUUCUCCAAAGUCUACCUGGCCUACGCCACGCAGGAGCGCAUGCAGCACAACUCCAAGCUGGCCUCUGACCUGCGGGGCAAGCACCACUCCAUGGUAGCUAUCAAGAUCGUCUCCACCGCGGAGGCCCCUGUGGAGUUCUCCCGCAAGUUCCUGCCCCGUGAGAUUUCAUCACUCAAUGCUACCUACAAGCACCUGAACGUGGUGCAGCUGUAUGAGACCUUCGCGAACAGCCGGCGCACCUACUUGGUGCUGGAGCUGGCGGCCCGCGGCGACCUGCUGGAGCACAUCAACGCCGUGUCCGCUCACCGCCGCUGCCCGGGACUGGAGGAGGAGGAGGCCCGCAGGCUGUUGUGGCAGCUGGUCAGUGCCGUGGCGCACUGCCACAACUCAGGCAUCGUGCACCGGGACUUGAAGUGUGAGAACAUCCUGCUAGAUGACAGAGGCUGCCUAAAGCUGAGUGACUUUGGCUUUGCCCAUCAGUCCGGGUUCAAGAACACAUUGCUGAGCACCUUCUGUGGCUCUGUGGCCUACACAGCCCCAGAGAUCCUCAUGAGCAAGAAGUACAACGGGGAGCAGGCUGACCUGUGGAGCCUAGGUGUCAUCCUCUACGCCAUGGUGACUGGGAAGCUGCCCUUCAAGGAGCGCCAGCCCCACCGAAUGCUCUACCUGAUGCGCCGCGGCCCCACCUUCCGGCCAGGCCUGUCCCCAGAGUGCCAGGACCUGAUCCGAGGCUUGCUCCAGCUGCGCCCGCGAGCUCGCCUGGGCCUGCAGCAGGUGGCCACCCACCACUGGAUGCUGCCCGCUGCACACGCGCUCUUCUGCAUCAUGCCCAGCGCUAUACCAGGUGUAGCAGGCCUACCUGGGUGGGUAGGUGGGAGGCUCCUCAGUGCCCCUCCUGACCCUCCCACUGCGAUCCAUUGCAGAAAAAGCAGAGAAGCCCCAGCUCCAAACGUCCCCAGACAAUGUGGAGACCAACGCGGACUCCGAUCCCCCAAGGUCGCUCUUGCAACUGUGGCGACCCCAGCUACAGGACACCUCUCAUGA